CACCCCCACCCACCCUGACACCUUCACCGCGUUCGCAAUUUCUUCUCUAUAAUCCCUUAACACUGACGCCAAACCCUUCUCCUUCUCACUGUCCCCACUCCCAUCUUCUUCUACAAUAUAUUUUCUUCCAUUUUCCGCCAUUGAUUUCAACCAAGAAACCUCAAUAACCAAAUCCUACCAAGUUUCAACAAAGUUGUUGUUCUUCUUCUUGUUGUUGAUUCAGUUCUUCGAUCUCUGAAAACCAUGUUGGUAACACGAACCAAAUCAAAGAUUUGGAAUCACAACACCAAUUCCCCCAAAUUCUCCUGUCCUUCUUUCAAAGAUAUUCAAACCCUUUUCUCUGACGAUUCAAAUUGCAAUUCACCCAUCCCCAACAAAAAACCCAAUAUCUUCCAUCGUGUACGCCGUGUUAGCGCUGUUCUUCGUGCUCUAUCAGUCCGACCCGGACCCGAUUUGCCCCUCAAAACCCUCCUCCCUCAACCCGAAUCAAAUCUCAAGGAGACCCGUAAAUCGGAGCCGUUGAUUCAAAUCCCAGGAGCUGAGAAAAAGAUAGUGAUCUACUUCACAAGUCUGAGAGUAAUUCGUUCUACAUUUGACGAUUGCAAAGCUGUUCGAACGAUUCUGCGUAGCUUCCGGGUUUCGAUCGACGAACGAGAUGUGUCCAUGGAUUCUGGGUUUAUGGAAGAGCUAAAGACGAUAUUGGGUAUCCGUGAAAAGACGAAACCGUCCUUGCCGAGAGUUUUCAUCGGCGGGAGGUACAUUGGUGGUGCGGAGGAGAUUCGGCAGCUACAUGAAGCAGGUGAGCUGAAGAAGUACGUUGAAGGGCUGAUUCCGGCGGAUUUAAGCACGUGUGAAGUGUGUGGCGGCCAUAGAUUUAUCCUCUGUGACGAGUGCAAUGGUAGCCACAAGUAUUAUAGCGAGAAAGGUGGAUUCAGAACUUGUACGUCUUGUAAUGAGAAUGGUUUGAUCAGGUGCCCAUCUUGUUACUAUGCCCCAAUUACACUAUGAUUAGAUUAGCAAGCUCUAUAACUAUAUUUUAGGCUAGUCAGAAAGUAUAAGCUGAAAAUGAAGAUGAAAACUUUAUACACUUCAUUUUCUUCUUCUUUUUAAUCUUCCAUUAGCAGCUUUUUGUAUGAUUAAUCUCACUUUCUCUUCUUCUUUUUUUCCCCUUUUUGGUGGAGGUAGAGGGAAUUGGUGCAUUGGGGUGUGUUUAUAUGCUAAGAAAGCAGUUUGAUUAGAUGCAAAA